GGCCGGGGAUCGUCCGUCGGCGCUUUUGCAGGAUCGGGCAGCGCGGGGCAGCUCCCGGCCGUCUGUUCCUUCAGCCGGCUCCCCGGCGGGGCUUCCCGCUCGGUGCGGGGCCGCCAGGAGCUGCGCGCUGCAGCGGCCGGCCUCUCCCUACCGCUGCCCUGCCGCUCCGCCCCGCUGCCGCCCAGGCUCCCCGAGCGGGCGGCUGCGGCCCGAGUACCCCCUGCUUCCUCUGGCAGCCCCGCCGGGUGCCGGGACAGCUUUAAGUGUUUCUUCGCUCCAGCGCUUUUCGCUGCCUCUUCCCGGCGGGCAGCGCCCCGCAGACCCCGCUCCCGCCCCGCUGCUGUUCGUGCCCGGCUCUUCCCCACAUCCCAGCCGCUCGGCAGCCCCCGCCGGCCCGCAGCCGACCCCUGCCGCAUACGGGAUCGCCGUGCAUCACCCCAGUCGAGGAACACAACCGCUCCGGGUGCAUCUGUUCUCCUCUCCCAAACCACACCGGAUCCCCUGUGAAUGCUUGCAGUGGUGACUCAGGGAUCUAGUUCUCUUUUGUGUCCUUCCUGGCUCCGUACCCAUACAGAGCCUGAUACUGCAGAAUUUGCUGCUGCUGUUUUCUAUUUUGCUGCUAGCCUGUUCCCCUCUGGAAGGGGAAACAUGACCAGACUCAGUUGGACACAAUGUCACAGCUGAGGUUGAAAGUCCACCAUAACCAAUGCUGGAAAAGUAAAUAUUAAGAUCAGUUGCUCCUACAGUGCGGCAUAUUGUAAUUUCUUAACAGAAGAAAUCGGCACUGAUUAGGAAAUGGCCAAAGUUGAAAGGUUUGCUUUUCACGUUCCAAGUCUGGAGGAGCUUGCUGGGGUUUUGCAGAAAGGGCUUAAAGAAAACUUUGCUGAUGCUCAAGUCUCUGUUGUAGACUGUCCUGAUCUGACUCAGGAACCCUUCAACUUUCCUGCUAAAGGAAUUUGCGGAAAACCUAGAAUAGCAGAUGUGGGAGGUGUUCCUUACCUCAUACCUACUGUACAGAAAGAAAAAGUUUAUGAUCUAAAUAAAGUUGCAAAAGAUAUAGAGCUUCCUGGAGCUUUCAUUCUUGGAGCUGGAGCUGCUUCAUCUAAGAUUCUUGGAGUAAAUGCUGAGCUUAUCCCUAUUGUUCAAACUAAGAGUGAAAAAAAGCCUGCUGUAAAUGGGAGCUACAUUGCUCAGAUAAAUCCUGCAGAUAAAGGGUGCCUUCUUGAGAAGUACAGCAGUAAAUACACUGACUGUGAGUUUGGGCUGUUGGCCAACCUUUACGCCAGUGAGGGCCAACCUGGUAAGGUCAUUGAAGUGAAAGCCAAUGGAAGAACUGGGGAACUCAACUUUGUGUCUUGUCUGAGACAAAUUUUAGAGAAGCGCUAUGGAGAAAAGCCGGUUGGGAUGGGUGGUACAUUUAUCAUUCAGAAGGGGAAAGCAAAGAUUCACAUUAUGCCUCCAGAAUUUUCUGCCUGUCCUCUGAACACUGACGAGGAUGUGAAUAACUGGCUCAAAUUCUUUGAAAUGAAAGCUCCACUGAUUUGUCAGCCAGUAAUAGUUUCCAGAGAUCCAGGCUUUGACUUGCGUGUGGAGCACACCCACUGUUUCAGCCCCCACGGGGAAGGAGGGCACUACCACCAGGACACCAGCCCCGACAGCGUGCAGUACCUGGGCUACCUGCUGCCCGCCGAGCUGCUCUUCCGCAUUGACAGGCCCCCGGAGACACACCUGGUCGGCAGAGACUGAAACCCAGAGGCUGUGUGGAAGGCUUUUUAAUCUUUCUAAAAUACACAUGCUGAUUUUUAUAACGCUUUGAAUUAUGUGCAUUUAUCAGAGUCAAGAAUAAACGUGAGAGCAGGCGA